AUGCCGAUUCGCUCAAGAUUCACCAAGGACGAGAAAAAGGUUAUGAAGUUCAUUGAUUCGACCGAAGAGAUAAUAAAGCAUAUGAACAAGUCCGACUCAAACAAGAGGUCAAGGUUAAAGUUGAGUGGGGAGCAGAUUGAUAUCCUGGAGUCGAACUUCAAGAUCGACAGCCAUCCGAACAGUACCACCAAAAGCCUCCUGGCAAAUGCCCUGAGCAUACCGUUUAAGAACAUCCAGAUAUGGUUCCAGAAUAGAAGGGCCAAGGAGAAGAUGGUGAGAGAUAGCUCCAAGAGAAGGAAUGGAAAUACGAUAGCUGAGGAAAGGGACCAGGAGCGGGGUACGGUAAACUACCAGACAAUGUGCCCCUUCGACUUUCCUCCUCAGGAGAGGUACUUUCUUUAG